AUGGCUUCGGUAGCGCCGACUGUCACGAGAAGCAAGUUUCAUCGUGAUGAAGCCCUUCAAUCGGAAGACUGGCCCGAGGAGGUCAACAAACCUAGCUCGCGGGACUGGGAACAGGUGGAAUUCGAGGGAGAUGGACUGAAUACUGGUGUUCGAGUACUAAGCGAUGGACGUUUGGGGAUAAAAAUCAACGAACACAAGCCAAGUAUCGCAGGGUUAUUGAACCGCAUACAGGUCCCAUCUCUAGCCUCCGACUUAGAGAGUCUCGAACACGAGCCGACGCCAGAACCUAUGCCGAAAGAUGAAAAGACGCCGUUUCCGCUACACUUGAAUAUUGUUAUCCAAGUCAUUGGUUCGCGAGGCGACAUCCAGCCGUUCGUUGCGAUAGGGAAAGAAUUACAAACACAUGGACACCGAGUGCGACUAGCAACACAUCUUUCAUUUCGUGACUUUGUGCUUGAAAGCGGGUUAGAGUUCUUCAAUAUUGGAGGGGAUCCAGAGGAGUUGAUGGCUUUCAUGGUUAAGAAUCCCGGGCUGCUGCCGGGACUUAAUACGAUCCGCAGUGGAGCUAUCAGAAAGCGCCGCGCAGAUAUGAAAGCGAUCAUUCACGGAUGCUGGAGGUCUUGUAUUGAAACCGGAGAUGGAACAGACUUACACCAAAUCAAGGAGGAUCUUUGGAACGACACUGUGGAUUACCGACGUCGCCCAUUUGUCGCUGAUGCUAUUAUCGCCAACCCACCUAGCUUGGCUCAUAUUCAUUGCGCGCAGCGUCUGGGGAUUCCGCUUCAUAUGAUGUUCACAAUGCCCUGGUCGCCUACACAGUCAUUUUCGCAUCCGCUUGCAGUUCUCAAUCAGAGUAGUUGCAAGCCUACCGUCGCAAAUUUUGUAUCAUACGCAGUCGUUGACAUGAUGAUCUGGGAGGGCUUGGGGGAUAUAGUGAACAGUUGGCGGAAGAAAGCUCUCGCUUUAGACGAACUCGAUACAAUCACGGCACCCAGUUUGAUUCACCGAUUACAAGUUUCUUACUCAUAUCUUUGGUCACCGGCGUUACUCCCGAAACCAAAAGAUUGGCCGGAAAACAUUGAUAUUUGCGGGUUUAGCUUUCUUCCAUCAAAGUCCGAUUACGAACCCCCGAAGGAGAUAGCUGAAUUUUUGAAGGCCGGGCCUGCGCCGAUAUACGUUGGCUUUGGCUCCAUUGUGGUGGAUGAUCAGGCCACAUUGACAAAUAUCAUAUUCGAAGCAAUCCGGAAUUCUGGCCAACGCGCGCUUGUUUCAAAGGGCUGGGGCAACUUGGGAGCUGAUAAUGUUGAUGUUCCUGACAACAUCCUCAUCAUAGGAAGUGUUCCCCACGACUGGCUGUUCCAGCAAGUUUCAUGUGUCAUUCAUCAUGGCGGUGCCGGUACAACAGCAGCAGGGCUUGCGUUGGCAUGCCCAACAAUCAUUGUUCCAUUCUUCGGGGACCAACAGUUCUGGGGAUCAAUUGUUGCUAGGGCAGGAGCUGGCCCGAUGCCUAUUCCUCAUAAACAGUUGACGGCCGAGAAGCUGACAGAAGCUAUCCGCUCAGCUUUGGAGCCAUCAACAAAGGAAAAAGCCCAGAAGAUUAGUAACGAGAUGAAGACCGAAUCUGGGGUUCGGGAUGGAGUCCGCAGUUUCCACCGUCACCUUAAUUCGGCAUCAUUGCAAUGCGCGAUAUGUCCCUCUCGACCCGCUGUCUGGCAUAUCAAACACACCGAUAUAGGACUGAGUGCCUUUGCAGCAUCUAUUUUAGUAGAGAUGGGACGGUUGAAACCCGAAGAUGUCGUAUUAAACCGCGCGCAAGAAUACGAUACAUAUCGCGACCCAGUUGGUCCAAUCAGCGCGUCAACUCAAGUGCUAUUUGGCGCAAUUGCAAACUUUGUGACUGGACUAGCAGAUGUACCUGUGGCAAUGGUCACGGAUAUUGUGUCCGCCGGUCGUGCCAUUGGAAAUCCUCACAACCGCACUGAUCCUAUGCAAUCAUGCUACUGCCCGGAAGGAACAAGACAAAGACAUCAAGGCGAGAGCUCAGACAGUGACGACCUAUCCCCAAAUGAGAGAUCUGAUGAACAGUUCGCCCAACACGAGGAGUCAAAUGAGCGAUCAUCAUCGACGCAGACACCAAGUCGCGAGUUGGAUUCCUCGGACGACGAGUCAAGUCUAAGUGACAGAAGUAGCCUCGAUAGGUCAGGCACCGAUACACCCGAUACCAGCAUCGACCGUCGACGAAGCGUGCAGCUUGAUAACUCCAUUAAAAUGGCAUGCGGAUCGAAAGACUCGGAGAAAAAGAAGAGUGCUUUGACAGAAGUACGAUAUCACGGUGGUCGGAUGUCAAAGAAGCUUUUGAAAACAGUCAUCUGGUUACCAACAGAUCUGACGUUGAGUCUAUCGAAAGGGUUUCAUAAUGCCCCCAAGUUGUAUCAUGAUCGAAUGGUUAAACCCACACCGCAGGUGAUUGGUCUCCGCAGUGGCCUGCGGGCUGCCAGAAAGGAGUUCCGCGAUGGCUUUUAUUACGGAGUCACAGGCUUAGUAACUCAGCCCGAGCAUGGAUACAAGCAGGCAGGUGCUGCAGGGAUGGCCAAGGGAAUCGGCAAGGGCAUUGGCGGUGUCUUCCUCAAGCCACCGGCAGGAAUAUGGGGACUUGCUGGAUACCCUUUGGUUGGACUUCGGAGGAAGCUUCAGAUUUCACUCGGAAAGGUACAACAAGAUGCUAUUGUUUAUUCUCGCAUAGCACAAGGCCAUGAAGAGAUGCGAGAAUCAACUGCAGACGAGAGGGCAGAAGUUGCGAGGCAGUGGUUUAUUCUCGAAGAAGAUCUACGCACCACAAAACGACACAGCAGCCAUUAUGUUCGAUCUCACCGCCAUCGAUCACAUUAG